AUGUGGAUAAACGGGCUGGGGCUGUUUGCUAUUGCAUUAGUAGCAGCCGUCGAAGCAUUCAGAGACACAUCACCUUUCUUCCUUUUCUCGACUCACAAUAUCCCCCUCACAUCCCGCCAGCUCCAAUCCGCCUCAUCCGUAUCCGCCGAUGUCUCCCGCACCCUAACCGCCUGUCCCUCAGAUAGCUAUAUCAUCAUCUCACAGCCAGGAGUGCACGCUAGCGAUUACAGCUCCGACAAAGUUGCGCCACAAUUACGGCAUCGGGUGUUGAAACAGGGUAAUGAAAUUCAUACUGUUUUUGCCGUUAGUGAGGUAGUGGGUAAUUUGGAUGUGGACGGGUUGCAGAAGAUUCUUGAGCGGGAGUGUGGUGUGGAGGUAUCGAAGGUUGACUCCUCGAAUGGCGUUCCACAAGAACGAUACACGAAGAAACCGCAGGUUAUCAGGGUUGACUUCCCCAGCCUUGCAGCCACGAACACAAAUCGCUCCGAAUACCUGGUGAAAAAUGAUGAAUUUCUAGCAGUCAUUAUCGACCGUCUUUCCUCGCGCGAUUACACCGUGCUCUACGUCACAACAGCCAGGGAGUUUGCGGCCAUGGAGAUAGAAAUAGAAGAGCCGGCCGUAUACGACCAGAUGGACGCGAAUAUCUAUCAAAAUCUGAUGCGGACGAAUAUGAAACGGGGCAACAUGCCUCAUUCGCAAUCACACCGUGAAGACGAUGACAAGUGGAAGGGAAACAAGGGACCUUUGUUUGAGAGAUAUCAGUUUUUUAGUCCAGGAAUAUUCAUGGGUCUCUUAGCUGCCUUGCUAUUUAUCAUAAUCUUGUAUGUUGGAUUGUCUGCUCUCUUAAGCUUGAAGGUAUCAUAUGCUGCGUUUGAGAGAGAUACUAGCUCCGUGGUAGCUAAAAAACAGCAAUAA